CCUCGAGGUAACUUCGCAACACCUCGCGCGUUUAGUCGGCGCGCGGGGCCCCAACGAUUGGGACGGCCGAUAGAGACACUCCGUGCAAGUAAAAAGAGAGUAGGAUACGAGAGACAAGAAGCGAGACAGCGACGAGCGACCACACGACGAGUGACGACGACGACGACGACUCAAGACGAAGACGAUCGAAUCUGAAAAAAAUAAAACAAGAAAAAAAGUUCCUCUUAAUCUGCUCUAUUUUGUUCUCGCGCAAGUUUAUUAAAAUUUCGAGCUGAGUUUUUCAAGUCAAGUGUGUGCGUCUCGUUGUCUGCCUCGGGGUGGUUGGAAGUGAUCUAGGGAUAAGCGACCACUCGCCGUUGUCGUGGGUGUCCGAGAAAAAAAGUUCAACCAGGUGCUGGGACUCGCACCUUUGGAAGGAAAAAGCGCUCAUCCUCUCCCGGAGACGUUUCAAUAAUUUCAAAAAUCUGUAAGAGGCGACUGUAAAGGUGGACGUCGAGCUCAGGAGAAAUCCGCGACAGAAAAAGGUUGGAUGGUGCCGCAGGCCGGCGCCAUUUGAACCGACGAACUGGGAGAAGAAACUUGUUUCCUUUCUUGGAUCGCGGGUGUAAACGGGAUCGGAUCUUCCGGAUCUCGUUGUAGAGGCAGGUGCGAAGGCGUGCCUCCACAAUGGGGGUCGCCGACGACUUCGCGCCCAGUUUUACGCAAAAGCCGCAACUGCGGCAGGAGGACGACGGCAAUCGGCUGAUAUUCGAGUGUCAGCUGGUGAGCUCACCUAAACCCGACAUCGCCUGGUUCCGCGGCGAGACCGAGCUCUCCGAGGAUGACAGGACCAACUUCAAAGUGCAGAGUGUCGGGACUAACAAGUUCCUGGUGGUGCUCGAACUCGAUGAUGUCAUCGAGACCGAUGCAGGCCUCUACAAGGUCAAGGCGAAGAACAAAAUGGGCGAGGUCGCUGCGUCUAUCAACCUCAACUUUAGUCCAAUGGAUGAGCCUAGAGAGAAACAAAUUGACGGCAUCGCGCCGACUUUCGCGAAGAAGCCUGCGAUUAGACAGGAGGACGACGGCAAACGGUUGCUGUUCGAGUGUCGCAUUACAGCCGAUCCCACGCCGAAAAUUACAUGGUUUCAUAGCGGGAACAUGGUCAAAGAUUCGUCAAGGCACAAGCUGACCGUCGAUAAAGAUGGCCACUCGUACUUCGCUACACUGGAAAUAAAAAAUGUGACCGUCGAGGAUGCUGGCAAAUAUAAGGUCACGGCGAAGAACGAGCUUGGCGAGUCUAACGCCACGAUUUCCCUGAAUUUCGAUAGCGACGAGGCACCCGUACCGGAUGACGGUAUUAAACCUACAUUCACCGAACGACCGGUGAUUAGACAAUCCGACGACGGUAACACCAUCACCUUCGAAUGCCGACUUGUCGGCGAUCCGAAACCGAGUGUCAAGUGGUAUCACGGUACCGAGGAAGUGAAAGACGGCGGACGAUUCAACACGUCGCUGGAACUCGAUCAGAAGCUGUACCAUCUCGCGAGGCUGAGGAUCGACAAUGUGGCGAAGGGGGAUGCGGGCGAGUACAGAGCCGUGGCGAAGAACAAGCACGGCCAGGGGGUGGCGACCAUUAAUUUGAACUUCGAGGGUGGCGACAGGCUCAAAAUACCGGACGGUAAGCCGCCGCGCUUCCCGAAGAAACCGACGAUCCGCCAGGAGGGUGAUUUACUCAUCAUGGAAUGCAUCCUGGAGGCACAUCCGGUACCCGACAUAACGUGGUACCAAGGUCAAAAAACGAUUGCCGACAGUAAACGCGUGAAGAUGUCACGUAAGGCCACCGGCAAGGAUACGUAUCUGCUGACCCUCGAGAUCUCGAAUCCGACCAAGGCUGACGGUGGGAAUUACCGUUGCAACGCCUUUAACAACUUCGGCGAGAGUAACGCCAACAUCUCCCUCAACUUCCAAGAGGAGGGCGCGGGUUGCGCUCCGUCCUUCAUCGAGAAACCUCGCAUCAUCCCGAACGAGACCGGCACGCUGAUCACCAUGAAGUGCAAGUGCAAGGCGAAUCCCAAGCCAGAGGUCACGUGGUUCCGCGGUACCAACGUGGUCAAGGAAUCAUCGAAGAUCUCGAUCAAAACCAAAACGGUCGAAGAGGAUAUAUAUGAACUUAUCAUGGAAAUAAAGGACCCAUCGGCACCGGACGGCGGUACUUACAGAUGUCACGUGAAGAACGAGUAUGGCGAGAGCAAUGCCAAUCUGAAUCUGAAUAUCGAGGCGGAACCAGAACCGGAGGGAGAUGGGCCGACGUUUGUAGAAAAACCGCGGAUACAGUCACAAAACAAGGGCAAGCUUGUCAUCAUGGAUUGCAAGGUGAAGGCGAAGCCGAAGCCGCAGAUUACGUGGACCCAUGCCGGUAAAGUGGUACAAGAGUCCUCGAAGAUCUCCAUCAACAUUGUUCAAGAGCAGGAUGAUAUUUAUUAUAUUAAAUUGACUUUGAAUGAUCCUGGACCGGACGAUUCUGGCCUUUACAAGUGUAACAUUAAAAAUGAACUUGGUGAACUUAAUGCCAAUCUUACGCUAAACGUUGAAAUUGUACCUGUAAUUAAGGAGAAACCAAAGGUAGUGAAAAUUGUUAAGAAGAAGACAAUCGUAAUUGAAUGUCAUGUUCUUUCUCAAUUUGCGCCCGACUGCACAUGGUUCAAGGAGACUCAAGCUGUUAAAGAGGAUAAUAGACACAAGUUGCAUGUCGAACAAGUCAAAGAAGGUGAAUUUGCCGUGAAACUUGAAAUUGAACAAAUGACGACGACAGACAAAGGCACGUACAAAUUAGUGGCACGUAACGAAAAGGGCGAAGCCACGUCGCAAGUAGUGGAAGUGACGGAAAUUCCAGAGGAGAAAGGAGAAAAACCAAAAAUUGUUACCGGCCUCAAAUCAAUUACUGUCGAGGAAGGUAAGACAGUCGAGCUUGUUGCCACUCUUGCAACGCAAGAUCGAAAGGUUACUGUCACAUGGUCUAGAGAUUCAACGGUCAUCAAAGCGUCAAAGGACAUUAUGAUCUCUUUCAAUGGUCUGGAUAUGAAAUUAACUAUUACCUCAUCAUCGACAGAAUUAUCAGGAACAUAUAAAGUUGUCGUAAGCAACGAAUUCGGGCAAGACGAAUCAUCAGCUCGUCUCGUUGUCAAGAAGAAAGAGGAAAAGAAAAAGGAUGAGGAGGAGGAAGAGAAGAAGAAGAAGAAGGUUGAGAAGAAAGAAGAGAAGAAAGAGGAGGAAAAGAAGGAAGAGAAAAAGGUGGAAAAGAAAGAGGAAAAGAAGGAAGAGAAAAAGGUGGAGAAAAAAGAGGAAAAGAAAAUCGAAGAAAAGAAAGAGGAAAAGAAGGUAAUAAUGUGGAGCGACAAUGAUGAUGAGGGAUCAGAAGAAUACGAGGAGGAGGAGGAGGAGGAGGAAGAAGUGGUGAGUGUAAUUGAAUCCAGCGUUAUUAGCACAGAAGCCAUUCUCGAAGAAUCAGAUUCUGAAAUCGUUUCUCGCGUCGAGGAUAAGCCCAAUUUGAAACCGAAUGGUAUCGACAAACCAGGGGUUGGGAAGAAAAUGGAGAUCUUACAGAAGGACGAAGAAAUCGUGAAUAACGUCGAAGAAAGGAAAUCUAUUAAGAAGAAACCUGGCGAGAAAAUUGAAGACAAAAAGGAAGAAGAAAAGAAGAAGAUUAUAAAGAAGAAAGAGCCCGAAUCCAAAGAGGUGUCUCGAGAAACUACUCCUAAACCCGAGAAAACCGUGGCGAGUCGCAAGGAAUCAGUCAGCAGGGUGGAAGAAAUAAAGACAGAAAGCCGUCGUAGUUCGAUUGUCAAGAUCGAAGGAAAGAUAAUCGAUGAUGGCACCGACACACCACGACGUCUUUCUAUACAGAAGACCGAAAAAGUCGAAGAAGAAGUCAAAGUAGAGAGCAGACGAUCUUCUAUCGUAGAAAAGAAGAAAGCGAUCGAUAAGGACAUGUCCGCAUUCAGGACAAGAGCCAUUUCGCAAAUGAUUGAAGACGAGCAUACACUCACAACGAAGAUCAAGCCACAUACACACAAAUCCAACGACGAUAUUCAGGACGUUCGGUCAUCUAAGACUUUAGAGCGCGAUAGUAAAUUGGUAAGACGUUAUGAGGAAACCGCGACAUUUGGAGUAACUUCUUCUGUACGUGGGUCUGAUCAUAAACCGAAGGUUACAUCUCAAGCCGCAAUUAAGCCACGCGUACGCGAUUCGGAUGAUGAACGUGAGGACGCUUGGAGCAUUCACAAUCCCGGAGAACGUGAUAACGAAUCUGCGCCAUAUUAUAGAGAUAGAUCAUCAGAUAAAACACGCAAACCUUACACACCCGCAGAUACCACACAACCACGUCGAAAAUCAGAAGACAAACCAAAAGAUAAAAUAUUAUUACACGAUAAAGCCGCAAAUAAGACACAUCCGCAGAAAUCGGAUGAAGAGAUUGAGGACAUUGGGGCGAGUAAAGAUAGCGAUACUGACAAAAAACAGGACAAAGAUGUUCCGAAAGAGAAAACACACUUGCGCGACACACCUACAAGUAGAACACUUUCACAUAAAUCCGACGAUCUUCCAAUUUCUCGUGAUACGCGUAAAAUACAUCCGCAGAAAUCAGAUGAAGAAAUUGAGGACAUUUGGGCAAGUAAAGCACGUGAUAGUGACUCCAAGAAACGCGACAAAGAUGCCCCGAAAGAGAAAACACACUUGCGCGACACACCUACAAGUAGAACACUUUUACAUAAAUCCGACAAUCUUCCAAUAGAUAAAACAUUUUCUCGUGAUACACGUAUAAUACAUCCGCAGAAAUCAGAUGAAGCGAUUGAGGACAUUUGGGCGAGUAAAGAACGCGAUACUGACUCCAAAAAAGACGACAAAGAUGCUUCAAAAAAGAAAACAUAUUUGCCUGGCACAUUUACGAGUCGAACACUUUCAUAUAAAUCCGACGAUCUUCCAAUAGAUAAAACACUUUCUCGUGACACACAUAAAACACAUCCACAAAAAUCAGACGAAGAGAUUGAGGAUACUUCGAAAGAAAAAGCGCGUUUACGUGAUACGCCUAGUAAAGUACUUCCACAUAAAUCUGAUAAUGUUACAAAAGAUAAGACCUUGUCUCGUGACACUCCUACACAUAAAAUAGAUUCGCAGAAAGAAAUUAAGGAUAUUUUAACUAAGCCGAAAGAACGUGAUGUCGAUUCUAAGACACAUGAUAAAAACAUGCCAAAAGAUAAGGCACUUUUACACGAUACACUUACAACUAAAAUACAAUCACACAAACCUGAUGAAGAGCUGAAAGACAAGAAGACACUUCUACGUGACACACCUACGGCUAAAAUACAAAAACCUGACGAAGUGAUAAAAGAUAAGACACAUGACACACUUACACAUAAAAUUCGUCCACACAAACCUGAUGAAAAAAUAGAGGACGUUUGGUCGAGCAAACCGAAAGAACACGAUACUGAUUCUAAAACAUACGUCAAAGAUUUAUCGAAACCUAAGGAUAAAUCAUCCCGUCGUCAAUCUGACGAAAAAAUCGAGGAUAUUUGGUCCAAACGGAGAGAACGUGAAAAUAUACCACACAAAACAGACGAGGAUACGCCGAUAAUUAAGAGACGCGUGUCUAAACCUGACGAUCAAACUGAAGCGGAUAAAAUAUCUUUGGACAAAAUAAAUGCGCGUGAUAUCAAGCCCGCGCAAAGUAACGAGGAUAAAUUGGCGCCGAAGUUGAGAAAACAUGACGAUAGAUACGUUCCACACCACGAGGAUGCCGCGUGUACCGUAGAUACGCCACUCAAAUUCCCACACUGCCACGACGUCAAAACUUAUUACACGCAUUAUAAUUAUGAUGUAUGGGCGCCGAAAUCCGUCGAACCAAAUUCUGUUACUAUCGACAAGGACACUUUGUUACCUACCGUUAAACCGCAAACGCACGAAUCUGAUGAUGAUAUUGAGGAUAUCUGGGCUUCGAGAACCGAGGAUGACGCGCCUAAAUCUAUCAGAAAAUUGGAGGACUCAGUUUCCAAAGUUGCGCCGUUUAAAAUCGGGGAUAAAGUUGAGGAACCCGCAUCUGUACCUAAAUUUGCAUCUAAAUCUAGGAACAGCAUAAGCAAAUCCAAAGAGUCCAGGGAGAGCGAUAUACCCGAACAUGAAAUAGGCGAGAUCAAAUCCAAAGAGGCGAAGAGCAAAGAUACUAAUUCUACACUUGACAAGGAAGAAGUGCCUAAGAAAAAGGUGUCCACCAGACGUAAAUCUUCGACUAAGUCAACGGAAGGAUCCGAGGAUCAAGAACCAGUCUUGAAACCAAAGAAGAAAAAACCUAAAUCCACUGAUGAAUCUAAGAAAGAGGAACCGACCACAAAACCGAAAACUCUCGAAAAACGAGAAACACCGAAGGAAGCAGCCAAGCCUAAACCGGAAGAGGCAAAGGUGGAACCGAAAGCCAAACCCAAAGCAGAGGAAAUAAAGGAAGCCAAGCCUAAACUAGACGAACCGAAGGAAGAACCGAAGGUUAAGCCUAAACCAGUCGAACAGAAGGAAGAACCGAAGAUCAAACCUAAACCAGAGGAAGUAAAGGAAGCCAAACCUAAACCAGACGAACCAAAGGAGGCACCAAAGGCCAAACCUAAACCAGAGGAAGUAAAGGAAGCGCCAAAGGCGAAGCUCAAACCGGAUGAAAUAAAGAAGGAAGAGGAAACCAGAAAAAGUCUUAAGUCUGUCAAGAAACUGGAGGAGGAGAAGAAAACUCAAGAGAAAGUGGAGCUUAAGCCGAAGGACGCCAUCGAGACCAAACCGAAAUCCCGUUUACCACCGAAACAGGAAGUAAAAACCGAAAGCUUUCAGGGGAUUCAGCUUAAACCCGUUACAAAGGAUGCGAAACAGCCUCAGAAGGCUGAAAAUGGCAAGGUGGAACUUAAGAAAACUGAGAAGGCAGAAAAGCUCGAUGCGAAGAAGACGAAGGCAGCAAAGGGGGCGAAGGAGACGAACUACGAGCUCCCGGAGAUUCCGGAUUACGAAAGGGCCGUUCUGGAGAAACCUCAGGAAUUUGAUUUCGGCGAUUACGUUCCUCGCGACAAGACGAAACUAGAUAGACCGGUCACGCAGAAAUUUGAUUCUAAGCCGAAGUUACCGGAGAUUAAAGCGCCGGAGACGCCCAAGAUCGAAGUUAUCAAGGACGUGACACCGGUCGGCAGCAGGAAGGGCUCUUUAGCACCCGGAAGCGGUACUAGCAGUCGACGUGGUUCGCUCAUACCACCCGAGGAACUGGGUCGAAGGCCCAGCUUGAUCAUUAGUGACGAGGAGCAUAGGAAGCUUCGUCCCGGCGAGGUGGUGGACGAGCGCAAGUUGGGAAGGUUACGGCCCGGUGAGGUGUUGGAAACAAAGACUAAGCUCGGCCGACCAGGCGCGCUGCAAGAAAAAGAGCGUCGUCGUCCGAGCACAGCGGACAUCAGAAGACCCAGCGUGGCGGACCUCGAGAAUAGGAUCAAUUUACCUAGCACACCUCUGCGAGAUGUUGGACCAGGUGGACCACCCCAGAUCGUUGAUGUCCAGGAAUCGUACUCCGCCGUCGAAGACUCGACGGCGUAUCUCACCGUCGCGGUGGAGGGCAACCCCGCGCCAACUUUCAAGUUCUACAAGGGCAUCACCGAGAUCAUCGAAGGUGGUCGCUUCAAGUUCCUCACGGACUCGGAGACCAACACGAUCACCCUCUGCAUGAGGAAGACGAAGCCCAACGACGAGGGCACUUACAAGAUCGUCGUGAGUAACAUCCAUCGAGGAUUCCGUGGCGAGGAUUCCGCUGAGAUGCAGCUCUAUGUUUCCGACGCCAGUGGCAUGGACUUCCGUGCUAUGUUGAAGAAGAGGAAAUAUCAGAAAUGGGGGCGAGAAGAGGCCGAACAAGAAAAAGUAGAUUUGAAGGAAGUCGAGAAACCAAUGCCGGCGUUGAAGAAAGUAGAAAGGAAACAAGAAAGUUUCCUAAAACCACUGGUGGACCAGUAUGCCAAAGAAGGCAAAGACAAGAAGGUUACCUUCGAAGCAAACUUUUCGAAACCAAACUGCAAACCUAAAUGGUUCUUCCGAAAGGACGAAUUAUUCCCAUCGGCAAAAUACAAAUUCAAAAACGAAGAGGACUGCUAUCAGCUCAUCAUUAGUGGACCCAAAGUCGAAGACACUGGAAAAUAUACAAUCGAAAUUUCCGGCAUAUCUAGUACAGGUUUCCUUAAUGUAGAUGAACCUGAUCCAACGUAUACGUUCGUGAAGCCAUUGUCGAAGAAGACUAGCGGUUUUACCAAACAUGAAACUUACAUGGAAUGUACAGUCAGCUCUAAUAUGGCGCAAAUUUCCUGGUACAAAGGCAAAACGAAACUUGAGGAUGGAGACCAAUACAGUAUUUCUAAAGACAUGUCCGGCGUGUGUCGGCUGGCGAUCAGAAAUGCAACUCUCGAAGACAGCGGCGAGUAUACUUGCAAAAUAAACAAGCAGACGGACAAGACCGAAACUAUCCUUACUGUAGUCGAAUAUCCUUACAAGUUCGUCAAAGUGCUGAAACACCAGCAACUGGUAGAAAAGGAAACUUUGACCUUACUUUGUGAAUUGGAUGAUGCCGCGGGUGAUGUCCAGUGGUUCAAAGGUGACCAGGCGAUCACGCCUGACAAAAGGGUGCAAAUCAAGGAAGAAGGUAGGAAGCGUAAGCUCAUCAUUAAAGACUGUAAAGUCACGGACGCCGGACUCUAUUCUUGCGUGAGCAAUGCGGACAAGACUGAAGCUGAAAUCGUGAUUAACUAUGCUAAUCGUUUCAACAAGAAGCUGAAGGACACCGUUGCUGUGGAGAGAGAGAAAUUGGUGCUCGACGUUGAGCUUCAGGAUCAGACCGCGCCGGCUGUAUUUUAUUUCAACGGCGAGAAGAUCGAGCCCAACGAGAGAGUGGAGGUCAAGAAUUUGGGCGGCGGUAAACAUCAGUUGAUCUUCAAUAAAGUGGAAAUGACGGACGACGGUGAGAUUAUGUGCGAGAGCGGUCAGCUGACGAGCAGCUGCAAGCUCACCGUGAAGAAGGGUGAAAGCAAGCCAAUCGUUGACUUUCCCGACAAAGUCGAAGGACCCUGCAGUGCCCCGCUGGUCUUUGUUGUGCCUUUCAAAGUUGAUGGCACCAAGCAGAGUCCAGUGGAAGCGAAGCUGAUGAAGGACGGCAAACCACUACCUCUCAAAGACGUUGAGGUUGUCGUUGGCGAGGAUAAAAUCACGUAUAAGAUCAAGAAACCCCAACGCGAAUCGUCUGGUAUCUAUCAAAUAAAGAUCAGCAAUAACCAGGGUGAGGAAGUGAAGGAUGUCAAUAUCGUUAUGCAAGACGUCCCGUCUGCGCCGUACGACGUCGAAGUCAACGAGAUAUUCCAGAAUUCUUGCGUCGUGUCCUUCAAGCCAUCAAAAGAUGAUGGUGGCUCACCCAUCAUGAAGUACGUCAUUGAGCGUCUUGAUCUCAGUUUGAAGGCUCAAUGGGACAGCGUGGGUGAAGUCAUGCCAGGCGAGAAGUGCUCCUACAAGGUUGAAGAUCUAGUUGCGAAGAAGGAAUACAAAUUCCGCAUACGGGCUGUAAAUAAACUUGGUUCCAGCGAACCGGCGAUGUUCGGCAAGCCCGUCUUAGCCAAAGAUCCAUGGGAUGAACCGGGCAAGCCUACGAAUGUCGAGGUAACCGAUUGGGACAAGGAUCACGCUGAUCUGACAUGGACGAAGCCCGAUAAUGACGGCGGUGCACCGAUCACCGGCUACGUAAUCGAGUACAAAGAGAAAUUUGGAAAGGAAUGGGUGACGGGCAAGGAAAUCGAGGGUGAUGUGACUCAAGCGACUAUCGACGGUCUCAAAGAAGGUACCCAGUACGAGUUCAGAAUACGAGCGGUGAACAAAGCAGGUCCUGGUGAACCGUCUGACGCCACUAAACCAAUUAUUGCCAAGUGCCGAUUUGUUAAGCCAUAUAUCGUCGGCGAUGGACUCACAAAUUUGGUCGUCAAGAAGGGCCAAGUUAUCAAGUACGAUAUCAAAUAUGCCGGCGAGCCGGAACCGGAGGUGCAUUGGUACUUAGGCCAAAAGGAACUCGUCCAGGACGCGGCCGAAAGGCUUACGAUCGACAAAUACGAGAGAAAUACCGUGCUGACAGUCAGGAAGACCACCAGACCCGAUUCUGGAAAAUAUAAAUUGGUAUUGACGAACAGUUCCGGCACCUGCGAGAGCGUUGCUGAUGUCGUUGUUCUUGAUAAGCCAUCGAUUCCACUAGGACCUCUCAAAGUGGAAGAAGUCCGUUCUGAUCAUGUCAAAGUCAAGUGGAACACGCCGGAAGAUAAUGGCGGUACUGAAAUCACAGGCUACGUAUUGGAAAAAAUGGAUUUGGACACUGGGCGAUGGAUUCCAGCUGGAGAAACUGGUCCCCUUGAGAAAGUUUUUACGUUCCCUGGUUUAACACCCAAGAAGAAAUAUAAGUUCCGUGUUAAGGCAGUCAAUAAAGAAGGCGAAUCCGAACCUUUGGAGGUUGAGGAAGCCAUCGUCGCGAAAAAUCCUUACGAUGAGCCUGGUAAGCCUGGCAAGCCACAAAUCUUCGACUAUGAUAAUGUCAGUGUGUCUUUGAAAUGGGAGAAACCGUCGAGCGACGGUGGCAGACCGAUCACUCAUUAUACCGUUGAGAUGAAAGAUAAAUUCGCCAUUGAUUGGGUCGAGGUAAUGAAGACUACCGACUCGACGCCCGAGGCUAAAGUAGAAGGUCUCAAGGAGAAGAUGGUUUAUCAAUUCCGCGUUCGUGCUCACAACAAGGCCGGUGCUGGUGAGCCUAGUGAUGCCACGGAUAAUCACAUCUGCAAGCACAGAAAUCUGAGACCAAGAAUUGACCGAACCAAUUUCAAAUCGGUCAUCAUCAAAGCUGGUCGCACUCACAAAUGGUCUGUGGAUGUAUCUGGUGAACCUCCGCCAGAGACAAGAUGGAUUUGGAGAGACAACAUCCCGUUGACUACCACCGAACGCAUCAAGAUUGACAAUGUCGAAUAUCAUACAGACUUUUCGAUCGUGAAUGCGAUGCGCAAAGAUACUGGAAAGUACACACUGAUUGCUGAGAACGCUAACGGCAAAGAUGAAGAAACCGUUGAACUCACCGUUCUCGGAAAACCGGAUGCUCCUAAAGGACCUCUGGAAGUCACUGAUGUUACCAAUACUUCGGCCAAAGUGAAAUGGGAAAAGCCGGAGGAUGACGGUGGUGUUCCGAUUAAAGAGUACGAAAUCGAAAAAAUGGACACAAAAACUGGUAAAUGGGUCAGAGUCGGUAAAGUGCCUGGAAACUCGCCAAACACAGAAUUUGAAGUCACCGGCUUGAAUCCUGGUAGCGAGUACAAGUUCCGAGUGACGGCUGUCAAUGAUGAGGGCGAUUCGGAGCCUCUAGUGAGCGAACGCGGCGUUGUUGCCAAGAAUCCGUAUGACGAACCUUUGAAGCCUGGAACGCCUGAAGUCACCGAUUACGAUAAUGAAUCUGUAAGCUUGAAAUGGACUCCGCCAGAUUUCGAUGGAGGAGCGCCGAUCGAGAAAUACAUUAUCGAGAAAAAAGAUCGGUACAAGCCUGAUUGGGAAAAGGCUAUUGAAGUCCCUGGAAAUCAACUUGAAGGCAAAGUACCCGAUCUAAAGGAAAAGGGCGAGUACCAGUUCCGAGUCAUCGCCGUAAACAAAGCUGGUCCUUCGCCUCCAUCAGACGCGUCAAAGAUGCAAAUCUGCAAACACAAAGCUCUGAAACCGAGAAUCGACAGAACAAACUUGAAACCGAUUGUCGUACGAGCGGGCAAAACCGUCAAGUACGACGUGGAUGUGCGUGGUGAGCCACCGCCGGAGAUCAAAUGGUAUCACGCGGGUAGUGAAGUAAAAUCCGGCGAGAACAUAGAGAUUGUUAACGUUGACUAUAACACGAAGCUCACCAUCACCGAUAGCUUACGCAAAAACACUGGCGUGUGGAAAAUCAAGGCUGUCAAUCCUCAUGGCGAAGACGAGGCAGAAGUCGAAGUGACGAUAUUAUCUGCUCCCGGAAAGCCAAAGGGACCGCUUAAAGUGGCGGACGUCACGAAGAACGGCUGCAAACUGAAAUGGGGCAAACCGGAAGACGAUGGUGGUAAGCCGGUUACUGGAUACCAAGUGGAGAAACUCGAUAAAUCGACAGGCAGAUGGAUACCGGUCGGUCGUACGGCGGAUACCGAGAUGGACAUAAAGGGUCUUCAGGAGGGACAUGAGUAUGAGUUUAGAGUAAAGGCUUUGAACGAGGAAGGAGAAUCGGAGCCGCUCGUGUCAGACGGUUCCACACUCGCGAAGAACCCUUACGAUGUCACAAGCAAGCCUGGAACACCGGAAUUCGAAGAUUGGGACGUCGAUCGCGUCGAUCUCAAAUGGGAACCUCCCAAAGACAUGGGCGGUGCGCCGAUCACUGGUUACAUUAUUGAAAAGAAGGAGAAACCUUCCUCGCAAUGGGAAGAAGCUCUUGUCACUGACUCGCCGCAACCGAAAGGUCGUGUUACUGGCUUGAAGAAGGGUUCCACUUACCAAUUCCGUGUUCGUGCUGUUAAUAAGGCUGGACCAUCGGAGCCCAGCGACCCGACCAAACCGCAUGUUGCAAAAGCAAGAUUCUUGAAACCACACAUCAACCGUGAUAAACUGCAGACUAUCAAAGUAAGGGCAGGUCAAUUGGUGAAGUUGGAAGUCGAUGUUGAAGGUGAACCUCCUCCAACAGUUACAUGGAGUUUUGCCGAUGCGCCGCUCCAAACUGGUGCCAACGUAAAGAUCGAUAAUGAAGACUACCUCACUAAGAUCCAGUUAACAAACACCACUCGGAAAUUAACUGGGAAAUAUACCAUUAAGGCUGUGAACGACUCUGGACAAGAUGAAGCCGAUGUAGAGAUUAAUAUCCUUGAUAAACCUGGAAAGCCGGAGGGACCGCUGGAAGUAAGCGAUGUGCACAAGGAGGGCUGCAAAUUGAAAUGGAGCAAGCCGAAAGACGACGGUGGACUUCCUCUGUCCAGUUACCUAGUAGAAAAGAUGGACGUGACGACAGGUCGUUGGGUACCAGCCGGUAUCGUGGAUCCUGAAAAAACUGAGCACACGGUUACCGGUUUGGAACCCGGCCAUAAGUACGAAUUCCGUGUGAAGGCUGUGAACGAAGAGGGAGAAUCAGAACCUCUGCAAACUGACGUUGGCAUCGUAGCUAAGAAUCCAUACGAUGCUCCAGCGGCGCCUGGACUUCCAGAGAUUGUCGAUUGGUCGGAGAAUAUGGUAAAACUCAAGUGGGAGCCGCCGAUAAGGGAUGGUGGUGCACCGAUUACCGGAUAUAUUAUUGAGAUGAAGGAUAAAUUUGGUGCUAAUUUCGUCAAGGCUGCCGAAGUGCAAGGACCUGUAUGUGCUGGCACAGUUCCACGUUUAGAAGAAGGCAAUCAAUAUCAAUUCAGAGUACGUGCCGUCAAUAAGGCUGGCCCUGGUGAACCCAGCGAGGCUACGAAUCCACACACUGCUAAAGCUCGUUGGCUGAAACCGUUCAUCGAUCGCACGAAUCUGCAAGCCAUAACGGUAAAGGUUGGUCUUACAGUAACCCUGGACGUAAACAUAAUUGGCGAACCGCCACCAAAAGUCACUUGGACCUUCAAAGACAAGGAACUUGUAUCAGACGACACAAUACGAAUCGAUAACGUUGAUUACAACACAAAAUUCAUUAUUCUAAAAACUAAACGCGCACACACUGGUAAAUACGUGAUCAACGCGAAGAACGAAGUUGGCGAAGAUACUGCCGAAGUAGAAAUUACUGUUCUUGGCAAGCCUAGCAAACCAAAGGGUCCUUUGGAAGUGAGCGAUGUUAACAAACACGGUUGCAAACUCAAAUGGGACAAACCCGAAGACGACGGUGGUUCACCGGUCGAAUACUACGAGAUCGAGAAGUUGGAUCCUCUUACAGGACAAUGGGUACCUUGCGGUCGUAGUACCGAACCUGAAGCGACUAUCACCGGCUUGCAGGAGGGCAAACCGUAUAAAUUCCGUGUGAAAGCCGUCAAUAGAGAAGGAGAAUCAGACGAUCUGGAAGCAGACAAGUCUAUUAUAGCCAAGAAUCCAUUUGACGAACCGGGCAAGCCUGGUCGACCAGAGCUCAAAAACUGGGACAAGGAUUUCGUCGACCUCGAAUGGACUCCGCCCAAGGACGACGGCGGUGCGCCGAUCGAAAAAUACAUCGUACAAAUGCGAGACAAAGAGGGUAGACAGUGGGUGGACGUCGCUAAAGUGCCGGGAGAGCGCACUGUUGCUAAAGUGACCGAUGGUAUUCAAGAGGGUCACGAAUAUGAAUUCAGAAUCGUGGCUGUCAAUAGGGCUGGACCUGGUGAACCCAGCGAUACCUCAAAGAGUGUCGUGGCCAAGCCUCGAUUCUUGGCGCCGCAUAUCGAUCGCAAGAAUCUCCAUAAGAAAGUCAUGCGAAUUGGCCAGAUGCUACGACUCGAAGCUGACAUCAAGGGUGAACCGCCACCAGUCGUUACGUGGAAACUUAAGGACACGAUACUAAAGAGCAUGGAUCGACUCAAGAUUGAGAACGAGGAUUAUCAUACUAUGUUUGUUCUUAACAAGCUUCAGCGUUCGGAUGCUGGCACUUACACCGUCAUCGCUAAGAACGAUAGCGGCACUGAUCAGGUCGAUGUUGAGCUUCAGGUUUUGAGUAAACCUAGCAAACCAAAAGGACCGCUCGAAGUAUCCGACGUGACGGCCGAGGGUUGUAAACUGAAAUGGGACAAACCCGAUGACGACGGUGGCGAACCGGUUGAUCAUUAUGUCAUCGAGAGGAUGGAUGUAGAUACUGGACGUUGGGUGCCAUGCGGAACUAGCAAGACUCCAGAGGCAGACGUAUCUGGUUUGAAUGAAGGCAAAGAUUAUCAAUUCCGUGUCAAAGCUGUCAACUCUGAGGGCGAAUCCGAACCUCUGGAAACGUCCAUACCGACGACUGCCAAAAAUCCUUAUUCUGAACCUGAUGCACCCAGCAAGCCCGAGUUGAAGGAUUGGUCGAAGAAUCACGUGGAUCUGAAAUGGAAAGCUCCAAAGAAAGAUGGCGGUGCUCCUAUUGAGAAAUAUAUAAUUGAAAAGAAGGAUCAAUACGGCAAGUGGCAGAAAGCUGCGGAAGUUCCAGGCAACAAAACCGAAGCUAAAGUCCCAGAUCUUGUAGAAGGUCAGAAAUAUCAAUUCCGAGUUAAGGCUGUGAAUAAAGGAGGUCAGAGCAAGCCUAGCGAGCCCAGUGAUACUCUGAUCGCCAAGGAUCGUUACGCUGCGCCUAAGAUCGAUCGCACGAAUCUGAAGGAUAUUACGAUCAAAGCUGGCAAUGUCAUUCGGUUGGAUGUUAAGGUUACAGGUGAACCGCCGCCAAGCAAGACUUGGUUUUUGAACAAGGCCAAGCAGGAAUCCGGCAAUGUUCUGACCAUCGAAACAGAGGACUAUAAAACCAAGUUCGUGGUCUCAGCGGCGACUAGGGCGCAUUGCGGCACGCUGACUUUGAAGGCGGAGAACAGCUCCGGCAAAGAUGAGGCGUCCAUCGAAAUUCUGGUGUUGGACAAGCCUAGCAAGCCCGAAGGACCGCUCAAGGUUUCUGAUGUACAUAAGGAGGGCUGUACUCUCAAAUGGAAUCCGCCUGCGGACGACGGUGGUGCGCCUUUGGAUCACUACGUAGUCGAGAAGAUGGACACAGAGACUGGUAGAUGGAUUCCAGUCGCACGCACCAAGGAACCUACGAUGGCAGUGGAGAAUCUUGUGCCCGGACAAGAAUACAAGUUCCGAGUUGCGGCUGUAAACGCGGAAGGAGAAUCCGAACCGUUGGAGACCGAGUACGGAAUUGUCGCCAAGAAUCCGUUUGACGAACCUGGUGCACCAGGACGUCCGGAGGCGACCGAUUGGGACAAGGAUCACGUAGACUUGCGAUGGACCCCGCCGUUGAAAGACGGCGGAUCUCCAAUCACUGGAUACGUGAUCGAGAAGCGGGAGAAGGGUGCGCCCAAGUGGAUCAAGGCGUGCGAGACUGGGCCGGAUUGCAAGGGUCGCGUCGACAAUCUCGACGAGGGCGUCGAAUAUGAGUUCAGGGUCAAGGCCGUCAACGCCGCCGGUCCUGGUGAACCAUCCGACGCCAGCAAACCGAUUACAGCCAAGAGUCGAAGACUUCCGCCAAAGAUCGACAGACGAAAUCUACGCGACAUAACCGUGCGUGAAAACGAAGCGUUCCACUUCGACGUUAAGAUUAUUGGCGAACCACCGCCAGACGUUACGUGGGUGAUCAAUAAUAAGAGUAUUCAGCAAACUACACACCGCAGAAUACAAAAUGUGCCUUACAACAGCAAGUUCUUCAAUGACAAGCCCGAACGCAAAGAUAGCGGCACUUAUAAGAUCACAGCAAUCAAUCAGCACGGUUCCGACACUGCCGAAGUCGAAGUCACCGUCGUUUCUAAGCCUGGCAAACCGGAAGGACCAUUGGAGGUAUCCGAUGUGCACAAAGAAGGGUGCACGCUUAAAUGGAAGAAACCCAAGGACGAUGGUGGAGAACCGAUCGAAGGCUAUCUCGUGGAGAAGUUUGAUCCGGAGACCGGUGUCUGGUUACCAGUCGGUAAAACUACUGGCCCUGAGAUGAAGGUGGAUGGGCUUACACCUGGACACGAAUACAAAUUCCGAGUCAAGGCACUCAACAAAGAAGGAGAAUCUGAACCAUUGGAGACCUUUAGCUCUAUCGUAGCGAAAGAUCCAUUUACUGUACCAACUGCACCUGGAGCACCGGAGCCGGUCGACUGGACGGCCAAUCAAGUUGAACUCGCCUGGAAGGAACCUGUUAGCGAUGGUGGUUCACCUAUCACGGGCUACAUCAUCGAGAAAAAAGACAAAUACAGUACCAUGUGGGAAAAGGCUUUGGAGACCGCGACUCCAGUUACUAAAGCUUUGGUACACGGUCUGAUAGAAGGCAACGAUUAUCAGUUCCGUGUGAUCGCCGUAAAUAAGGCUGGCCAGUCGGAACCUGGCGAAGCAAGCAAGACGUUUACUGCUAAGCCGCGUUUCUUGGCCCCGAAGAUCGACAGGCGCAAUUUGAGGGACGUUACCCUGUCCGCUGGCUCAAUGCUAAAGUUCGAUGCCAACGUGAUCGGUGAGCCGCCGCCACACAUCGAGUGGCGUUACGGCGCGAUACCGCUUCACUCCGAUCGCAAGGUGCAGAUCGACAACACCGACUACAAUACCAAAUUCAGCAUACGUCCGGUGUCGCGGGACGACAGUGGCGAUUACACUGUCACCGCCAGCAAUUCUUCAGGCAAGGACUCUGUGACGGUGCAGGUGACGGUGACGGACAAGCCGACGCCGCCUGAGGGACCGCUUCAGGUGUCGGAUGUGCACAAGGAAGGAUGCAAAUUGAAGUGGAAGAGACCUAAAGACGACGGCGGCACACCCAUCGAAUAUUACCAAGUGGAUAAGAUGGACCCGGAAACCGGAUGUUGGGUACCCUGCGGACGUUCUACCGAACCGAAUAUUGAAGUGACGGGUCUAACACCUGGCAAGGAGUAUCUCUUCCGGGUGGCUGCGGUCAACGCCGAGGGCGAAUCAAAACCUUUGGAAGCGGAGCAAACAAUAGUGGCCAAGAAUCCAUUCGACGAACCAGGUAAACCGGGUGAUCUUCGAGCCACUGACUGGGAUAAGGACCACGUUGAUCUGAAAUGGACUCCACCGGAGAACGAUGGCGGUUCACCGAUCACUGGUUACGUAAUUGAGAAGAAAGACAAGUACGGCGAAUGGGAGAAGGCACUGGAGGUGCCUGCGGAUGAAACAUUCGCCACUGUACCGGAUCUUAUUGAAGGCCAACCAUACGAGUUCCGUGUGCGCGCUGUGAAUAAGGCUGGCCCUGGUGAACCGUCAGAUGCUACGCCGACCAUCAUCGCCAAACCGCGCAAUCUUGCACCUAGGAUUGAUCGCACCAAUCUGAUCGAGGUGAAGAUCAAGGCCGGUCAAAACUUCAACUUCGACUGCAAGGUAACAGGCGAGCCACCGCCAACCACCAAAUGGAUGUUGAACGGCAAGGAAGUCCGGCCGACCGAUCGCGUUAAAGUCAAGCACGUGGACUAUAAUACUAGUUUGAACGUCCGGAUGGCUACGCGUGCGGAAUCUGGUAAAUACACUGUCAUCGCUGAGAAUAUUAAUGGCCGGGAUGAGGCGGUCGUCAAGGUGACUGUGCUGGACAAGCCGAGUCCACCGCAAGGUCCGCUCCGUACAUCCGAUGUACACGCCGAGGGCUGCAAGCUCACGUGGAAGCCGCCUGAGGACGACGGCGGCCAGCCGAUUGAGAAAUACGUUGUGGAAAAGAUGGACGAGGCCACAGGUCGUUGGGUGCCGGCUGGGGAAACUGACGGACCAGAAACGAAUCUGCAGGUGGAAGGCCUGACGCCAGGACACAAGUACAAGUUUAGAGUGAGGGCAGUCAACAAGCAGGGUAAAUCUGAACCUCUCACUGCUAUGCAGGGCAUCGAGGCGAAGAAUCCCUUCGACGAACCAGGAAAGCCAGGUACGCCAGAGGUGGUUGAUUAUGACAGGGACUUUGUUGAACUUCAAUGGAGCCGCCCUGAUGAAGACGGUGGAUCACCGAUCACUGGUUACAUCAUCGAAAAACGCGAUAAGUACAGUCCUACAUGGGAAAAGUGUGCGGAAGUCGAUGGCGACACGAACCGCGGCAGAGUCAACGACCUGGUCGAAGGAACUCCAUACGAAUUCCGCGUGAGAGCCGUCAACAAGGCUGGUCCUGGCGAACCAUCGGAGGCGUCUAAGUCCCAUGUAGCGCGACCCAAGAACCUCCCACCGAAGAUCGACAGAAAGUACAUGUUGGACGUAAAAGUGCGCGCCGGUGGUUUCUUCGACUUCGACGUGCCGGUGAUUGGCGAGCCGCCUCCAAGCAAAGAGUGGUCACUAAAGGACUCCGUAGUGAUGGCAAGCGAUCGUAUCAAAAUCAUCAACGAGGAUUAUAACACCAAAGUACGCGUGAUGGAGGCGAAACGUUCCGAUUCCGGUGUCUACACCCUCGUGGCUAAGAACGUUAAUGGUAAAGACUCUGCCACGUUAACGGUGAACGUGAUGGACGUGCCGUCGCCGCCGGAGGGUCCGCUGAAGAUCGACAAUGUCACGAAAAAUGGCUGCCAGCUGAAGUGGCGGCCGCCUAAAGACGACGGUGGUUCUGAAAUCCAAUACUACCAGGUCGAGAAAAUGGAUACAGAGAACAUGCGUUGGGUGCCUGUGGCUGAGGCUAACACCACCUCAGCGCAGGUGGGCCAUCUGAUUGAAGGACAUGACUAUCAGUUCCGUGUGCGAGCGGUCAACAAGCAGGGCGAGUCUCAGCCGUUGACGGGAAUGGAUACCAUCACCGCCAAGGAUCCGUUUGCCAAGCCUGAUAAACCUGGCACGCCAGUCGCCACUGACUGGGACAAGGAUCAUGUGGAUCUUGAAUGGACACCGCCCAAGAAAGACGGUGGAUCGCCCAUAACCGGUUACAUCAUCGAGAAGCGACCUCGUUUCGGGCAAUGGGAAAAGGCCGCCGAAGUACCUGGAGAUAAGACAAGCGCCAGAGUACCUGAUCUGACCGAGGGACAAGAAUAUGAGUUUAGAGUCAUCGCUGUAAAUAAGGGUGGACCUGGUGAACCAUCCGAGGCGUCGUCGCCGGUCGUUGCCAAACCUCGUUUCAUUGCUCCUUCGUUUGACACGCACUUGCUGAAUGAUUUGACGGUUCGCGCCGGUCAGAAGAUCAGCUACAACAUUCCUAUCGUGGCAUCACCUAAACCGAAGGCAACGUGGAAUCGCGAUGGUGUUCAGAUUGUAUCUGAUUCUCGUCACGAAAUGUAUACCACCAACACUGAAACUACCUUCGAGAUUCCAUUUUCUGUCCGUGGCGAUACUGGACGUUACACUCUAACUUUGGAGAACGAGCACGGUAGCUUCAGUGCCAGCGCGAGGGUCACAGUUCUCGACAGACCAGCGCCUCCAGAGAAACCUUUGGAUGUCACCAAUGUCACUAAAGAGGGUUGCCAUUUGACAUGGGGACAUCCUCUCGACGACGGCGGCAGCCCUAUUCUGCACUACGUUAUCGAAAAGAUGGAUAUGUCUCGUGGAACUUGGUCCGAUGCUGGCAUGAGCAUGGUGCUGAGUCACGAAGUCAACCGUCUGAUUCAUCGCAAAGAAUAUCUAUUCCGUGUCAAGGCUGUUAACAAUAUCGGAGAAUCAGAUCCGCUCGAGACUACGAAGAGCAUCAUCGCGAAGAAUGAGUUUGAUGAACCAGACGCGCCUGGCAAACCGCAGAUUACUGAUUGGGAUAAAGACCACGUGGAUCUGCAAUGGCCAGUGCCGAAGAACGACGGCGGAUCACCAAUCACGGGUUACAUUGUUCAGAAGAAGGAGAAGGGUAGCCCGUACUGGGUAAACGCGGUACACGUACCGGCUGGACAAAAUAGCACCACUGUUCCAGAUCUGACAGAAGGCCAGGAAUAUGAAUUCCGUGUGAUCGCUGUCAAUGCCGCCGGUCAGUCCGAACCGUCAGAACCCAGCGACCUCGUCACUGCCAAACCUCGUUAUCUGGCUCCGAAGAUCAAGACGCCCUUGCAGGACGUUCGUAUUAAAGCUGGACUUAUCUUCCACGUGGAUAUCGACUUCAUUGGCGAACCGACGCCGGAGGUGACAUGGAGCGUAGGAAGCAAUGAAUUGACCUCCAACGACAGGACGACGAUCACAUCGAUCGGCUAUCAUACGAUCGUGCAUAUUGUUAAUGCUAAAAGAACCGAUUCGGGAUUGUAUCACCUAUUAUUGAAAAACAGCAGUGGUAUAGAUGAAGGCAGCUUCCAAGUUACCGUCCUAGAUAAACCUGGACCUCCGGAAGGUCCUUUACAGUACGAGGAAAUCACCAGCCAGUCCGUCACACUUUCAUGGAAGCCACCCAAGGAUAAUGGAGGCAGCGAACUUACUGGAUACGUCAUCGAAAAACGUGAUCUCACACAUGGUGGCGGCUGGGUACCGGCAGUUACACAUGUUAAUCCUAAGUAUAAUCACGCCACUGUACCGAGACUACUCGAGGGAACCACAUAUGAAUUCCGCGUAUCUGCGGAAAAUCUUCAAGGUCGCUCUGAGCCAUUGACCACUGAUCGAUCUGUUGUUGCCAAGAAUCAAUUUGUGGCUCCUGGGCAACCCGGUAAGCCAGAAUGCGUGGACGCUGACAAAGAUCACAUCAAGAUCAAAUGGACCCCGCCCAUUAGCAAUGGUGGUUCCAAGAUCAUUGGUUACGACGUGGAACGUCGUGAUCGCGCUACAGGUCGCUGGAUAAAGCAGAACAAAGAACCCGUCAGAUAUCCUGAGUAUUACGAUGACCAUGUGACCGAGGGUCAUCAGUAUGAGUAUCGUGUGUCAGCCAUAAACGCAGCAGGCGCUGGAAAACCGAGCGAGACCUCGUCUGUGUUCACGGCUAAACCCAUGAAGGAAAAACCGAAGCUUAAUUUGGACGCAUUGAUUGGACGCAAGAUCAAGGUGCGCGCUGGAGAACCGAUUAACGUCAACAUACCAUUAUCUGGUGCACCCACGCCGAAGAUUGAAUGGACCAAGGAUGGAAAAUCACUCAUGGAAACUCUUCGCAUAUCUACUGAGACCAAGAGUGAUCGAACGCAGCUACUGAUCGAGAAGUCCGUACGAGAUGAUGGCGGUAUGUACACCGUAACCGCGACGAACGAGCAUGGAAAAGAUUCGGCCGAUAUCGAAGUAAUAGUGGUAGACAAGCCUGGACCACCUCAAGGACCUUUGCAAUACACUGGCACGACGCAGGAAUCCGUUGGACUCUCCUGGAACCCACCGGCGGACAACGGCGGAUCCGACAUCACAAAUUACAUUGUCGAAGUUUCAGAUUACGGUUCUGACAAUUGGCGACAAGUGCCUGGAUACGUUCCCAGGACGAGUUUCACGGCGAAGGGCUUGACUGAAGGCAAAAAAUAUGUCUUCAGAGUCCGCGCCGAGAACAUGUACGGCGUGUCGGAGCCCUUGGAGGGCAAACCCGUGAUCGCCAAGAGUCCGUAUGAUCCGCCAGAUGCGCCAAGCCAGCCUGACAUCCUUGGUUACACUCCCAACAGCUGCAGCCUUGCAUGGAACCCGCCUAUCAAUACCGGAGGAAAACCUAUCACUGGUUAUUAUGUGGAAAGACGCGAGCGUGGCGGCGAAUGGUUGAAGGUCAACAACUACCCGACGCCAAACACGACGUUCACUGUGCAGGAUCUUCACGAGGGUUCGCGAUACGAGUUUAGAGUCAUCGCUGUCAACGAGGCUGGACCUGGUAAACCCAGCAAACCUACUGAGCCAAUCACAGCUGGACAUCAACGCCUACGUCCUGAUGCGCCUGAGCCGCCCAAGGCGGACAGGAUCACCAAGGAUUCGGUGACUCUAAGCUGGCGACCACCGCGAAGCGACGGUGGCUCAAAGAUUCGUGGAUACAUCAUUCAGAAGAAGGCCAAAGGUGAUGAUGACUGGUCAGAUGUAAACGGCGCGCCCAUACCAAGCAACGUGUACACCGUACCGAAGCUGAAAGAGGGUGAGGAGUAUCUCUUUAGAGUGUUUGCGGUGAAUGACGUCGGUAGCAGCGACCCGAGCCGACCCAGCAAUCCGAUUGUCAUCGAGGAACAACCUAAUAAACCAGUCAUGGAUCUCGGUGGAGUUCGCGAUAUCACCGUUCGCGCCGGCGAAGACUUCUCUAUUCAUGUGCCUUACAUUGGCUUCCCCAAACCGACCGCCACGUGGUUCGCCAACGACGUUGUUAAGGAUGAAACUGACCCACGCGUGCAUCAACAGCUGGCUGAUGACUUCGCCAGCCUGGUAGUGAAGAAUGCGAAACGUUCGGAUGGAGGGCAGUACAGACUUCAGCUGCGCAACUCAUCCGGUUUUGACACAGCUACCGUCAAUGUUAAGGUCCUCGAUCGUCCUAGCCCGCCAGAGAAUCUCCGCGCGGACGAAUUCGCUGGUGAUGCCUUGACCCUCUUCUGGAAUCCGCCCAAGGAUAACGGUGGUGCUGAUGUCACUAACUACGUGAUCGAGAAGAAAGAACCGAAGGCCGCAACGUGGUCCAAGGUGAGCAGUUACGUCACGACACCAUUUGUGCGAGUCAGGAAUUUAACGGUUGGUCAAGUCUACGAAUUCCGUGUGAUGGCGGAGAAUCAGUAUGGCACGUCAGAUCCAGCGACGACAAUUGAUCCCAUCAAGGCACGGCAUCCGUUUGAUCCGCCAGGUGCACCCGGCACACCUCGUGGUGUGGAGACCACCGAAGACAGCAUCACUAUUACCUGGACCAAACCUCGUCACGACGGUGGCUCGCCGAUCCUCGGUUACGUCAUCGAGAAGCGUCUCUUGAACGAGGACAAGUGGGUCAAGGCUACUCCGUCUUUAGUGCACGACACCACUUACAAGGUUACUGGAUUGAUCGAAAACCAUGAUUACGAGUUCCGCGUAGCUGCGGAAAAUGCCGCCGGUCGGGGACCAUGGAGCUCCAACUCUGAUAUUAUUCGCGCCAGCGCUGCACCAUUCCCACCGAAGAUCACCAGCGACCUUAGCAUCCGCGACAUGACCGUAAUCGCUGGAGAACCGUUCACCAUCACGGUGCCAUAUACGGCCAAUCCUAAACCGAGACCGAAUUGGUCUAUCAAUGGCGAGGAAGUUCUCACCGAUGAAAGAAUCAAGUUUGAGACGACCGAUGUAGCCUCGCAGUUUAUUAACAAGAAGGCAAAGAGAUCUGACACUGGCACAUACACAAUAUAUCUUACGAACAGCGUCGGCACUGACUCUGCCUCGUGCAAGGUCCUCGUUGUCGACAAACCAUCGCCGCCUCUAGCGCCUUUGGACAUUUCCGAUAUUACUCCGGAAACCUGCACGCUGGCGUGGAAACCGCCCUUCGACGAUGGUGGUUCGCCAAUCACAAAUUACAUCGUCGAAAAACUAGAUCCGGCUGGUUUCUGGGUGAAACUCAGCAGUUUUGUAAGAAGCACGCAUUACGAUGUGAUCGGUUUAGAACCGAAUCGCACCUACAACUUCCGUGUAAGAGCGGAAAACCAGUACGGUAUAUCCGACCCGCUGCAAGCUGACGAACCGAUAACGGCCAAGUUCCCAUUCACGGUGCCGGAUCCGCCUGGACAGCCUCGAGUCAUCGACUGGGAUACCUCGAAUGCUACGGUGGUUUGGACGAGACCAUUGUCCGACGGUGGCUCUCGCAUUCAGGGUUACAAGAUUGAAUUCCGUGACCCUACUGAGGACAAACAAUGGCGCGUGGCAAAUGACUACCUUUUCAAAGAUACUACAUACGUGUGUUACGGUCUGAUGAGCGGCCACGAGUAUGAGUUCAGAAUUCGUGCAAAGAACGCGGCUGGUUUCAGUAAGCCAAGUCCGCCUUCCGCACCGUUUAGGCUCAAGAGCAAGUUCAAUGUACCAUCGCCACCUGGCACGCCACAGGUCAUCAAAGUUGGUAAGAAUUAUGUUGAUCUACGAUGGGAACCGCCCGUGUCUGACGGCGGCAGCAGGAUCACCGGCUACGUGAUUGAGAAGCGCGAAGUGGGCAGCGCGAUGUGGGCCAAGUGCAACGAAUACAAUGUCGUCGAUCGAGUACACAGUCAUACCGAGUACACAGUCAUGCAUCUGAUCGAGCGGGGCGAUUAUGAGUUCAGGAUCUUCGCAGUGAACGCGGCUGGCAGAUCCGAGCCAAGUUCGUGCACCACCCCGGUGAAAAUCUGUGAAAUCGAAGGUGGUGAGAAACCGGAGUUUAUCAGAAAUCUACCCAUUAGUCAGAUUAUACCACUUGGCAAGACCCUCGUCCUCGAAUGCGAGGCUACGGGUAAACCAUUGCCGACAGCCAGGUGGCUAAAGAAUGGCCGCGAAAUCACCUUAGGUGGUCGCUUCCGCGCUGAGGCGAUAAAUGGUAUCUAUAGAUUGGUGAUAUCCGAAGUAUGGGACGCGGAUGACGGUGACUAUAGUUGUCAAAUCUCGAACCCACUUGGUAUCGCUACAACUACGUGCAGGCUAAAGAUCGGCACACCGCCGCGUAUUGAACGCAUGCCGGGCGAUCUCUAUUUGCCAGAAGGUGAUAACACGAAGAUCAAGAUAUAUUACAGCGGCGAUCAACCAAUGGAGGUGACUCUGAAGAAGGACGGUCGCCAGAUCGUGGAGACCACCCACAUCAAAUACACUGUGUUCGACGAGUAUCUCAUUAUCUUUAUUAAGGAUGUCCAAAAGGACGAUGCCGGAACUUACGAUCUGUCUAUCUCGAACGACAGCGGCAGCGUCAGCGCGUCCUUCACAGUGUACAUCACUGGAUUGCCUGGACCGCCAACUGGACCGCUUGACGUUUCCGAUAUUGACAAACACACGUGCACCUUGUCUUGGCAUCCGCCCAAAUACGAUGGCGGUCUUCGUGUCACUCACUACGUGGUGGAGCGUCGCGACAUCAGCCUCACUCACUGGAUCAUUGUGUCAUCCUUCUGCAAAGAUACAACCUUUGUAGUGCAAGGUCUUACCGAGGGCCAGGAGUAUCUCUUCCGGGUGAUGGCCGCCAACGACAAUGGCAUGGGCCCACCGUUGGAGGGUACCAACCCGAUCAAGGCAAAGGCGCCAUUUGAUCCACCGGGACCGCCCGGUACACCCAAAGUUAUUGAGGUGGGUGGUGAUUUCGUCAAUCUAUCAUGGGAGAAACCAGAAACGGAUGGCGGAGCCAAGAUUCAAGGUUACUGGAUCGAUAAGAAAGAAGUUGGCAGUCAGGCAUGGCAGCGCGUGAACGUCAGCAUUUGUCUUCCGACGCAAAUCAAUAUUAGCAACCUGAUCGAGGGAAGACAAUACGAGUUUCGAGUAUUUGCUCAAAACGUUGCAGGGCUUAGUCCUGAAUCGCAGGCCUCAACUUCCGUGAAAAUCGUCGAUCCACAAGCGGCGAAGCCUCCAGAAAUCAUCCAACCUUUACAAAAGGUGAAUUGCGUUCAGAAUCACAACGCUCAUUUCCACUGCAAGAUUAUCGGCACGCCGAGACCAAAUAUCACAUGGUUCAAGGGCGCCCGCGAAAUUGUGAGCGGUAGCCGUUACAAUAUCUAUUCCGAAGGAGAUACUCACAAUCUCAUCAUCCACGACGUAUUCGGCGAAGAUGCCGAUGAAUAUUUCUGCCGUGCGGCGAAUAAGUGCGGCGUGAAAUCCACCAAAGCUGAGCUCUUCAUCAAGACACCGCCGAAGCUGAAUGUACCGCCGCGUUUCCGAGACACUGCCUUCUUCGAUAAGGGCGUGAACGUUGUUAUCAAAAUACCAUUUACUGGCUAUCCGAAGCCGAAAAUUACAUGGGUGCGCGAGGGCGAGGUGAUCGAGUCCGGAGGACAUUACGCUGUUGAAGUAAAAGAACGACACGCCGUGUUGACCAUACGCGACGGUAGCCGAUUGGAUUCCGGUCCGUACCGCAUCUCCGCCGAAAAUGAUCUCGGCCAGGACACGGCUAUCAUCAAGAUCCAGAUCAGCGAUCGUCCAGACCCACCUAGGUUCCCGCAGGUGGAUAAUAUCGGUCACGACUCGUUGGCAGUCAGUUGGAAGCCACCAGUUUGGGACGGCGGCAGCAACAUCACCAACUACGUGGUAGAGAAGCGUGAGCAUCCGAUGAGUAGCUGGAUCCGUGCCGGCAACACUCGCUUCUGCACGCUUGCAGUGACCGGUCUUAGCCCCGGACAGCAGUACGAUUUCCGAGUAUGUGCGGAGAAUAUCUAUGGCCGUUCUGACCCGAGCGAGGUAACGCCGCUGAUCACCACGAAGGGCGUGAUCAAGCGCGAGUUUAAGAAGAAGGAGUACGAGGUGGAUGCAAGCGGCAAGAAAAUACGCGGCCGCGAGGAUGAGAAACCACGCGACUACGACCAAUUUGUGUUCGACGUGUACAGCAAGUUUGUGCCGCAGCCGGUUGAGAUCAAGCACACAUCAGUUUAUGACAAGUACGAUAUCUUGGAAGAAAUUGGCACGGGUGCGUUCGGCGUGGUGCAUCGCUGCCGCGAAAGGGCUACUGGUAAUAUUUUUGCCGCCAAGUUCAUCCCGGUGUCGCACGUGAUGGAGAAGGAGCUAAUCAGGAAAGAGAUCGAUAUUAUGAAUCAGCUGCACCAUCCAAAGCUGAUCAAUUUGCACGACGCCUUUGAGGACGACGAUGAAAUGGUGCUGAUCUUUGAGUUCUUAUCUGGAGGCGAAUUGUUCGAAAGGAUCACAGCCGAGGGUUACACCAUGUCCGAGGCAGAAGUCAUCAAUUAUAUGAGACAGAUCUGUGAGGGCGUUAAACAUAUGCACGAGAAGAACAUCAUUCAUCUCGAUAUUAAACCCGAGAACAUUAUGUGUCAAACUCGCAACAGUACGAAUGUGAAACUGAUCGAUUUCGGUCUAGCUACUAAACUUGAUCCAAAUGAAGUAGUAAAGAUCAGUACGGGCACAGCCGAGUUUGCUGCUCCCGAAAUUGUCGAACGUGAGCCAGUCGGUUUUUACACCGAUAUGUGGGCCUGCGGUGUACUCGCUUAUGUUCUAUUGAGCGGCCUUUCGCCGUUCGCCGGUGACAACGACAUUGAGACCUUGAAAAAUGUGAAGGCAUGCGACUGGGACUUCGACGAGGAGGCAUUCCGCGACGUUUCCGAGGAGGGAAAAGAUUUCAUCAGACGGCUACUCGUUAAAAACAAAGAGAAGCGCAUGACUGCGCACGAGUGUCUCCUUCACCCAUGGUUGACCGGCGAUCAUAGCAAGUGGACCAAUCCAAUCGCCAACAGUCGUUACCUCAACAUCAGGGAUAGAUUGCGUGCCAAAUAUGAAAACUGGGACAAGUACGUUCUUCCCAUCGGCCGCCUAGCCGAGUACUCAUCGCUCAGGAAACUUUUAAUCGAGAAAUACAGAAUUUACGAUUCUUGCUUCGACCGCCGACAAGCAGCGCCCAGAUUUGUCAUCAAACCACAGAGCGCGUUCGCAUACGAAGGACAGAGUGUGAAGUUCACUUGUCGCGUGAUUGCGAUCGCGGCACCAACUUUGUCUUGGUCACACAAUAAUCAAGAGCUACGGCAAUCCGUGAAAUUCAUGAAGAGGUAUCACGGCGACGAUUAUACCUUUAUUAUUAACAGAGUCAAAUUGGAAGACAGAGGGGAGUAUAUUAUACGAGCGGAGAAUCAUUAUGGCUAUCGCGAAGAAGUCGUGUUCCUUAAUGUACAACCACUGCCGAGAGAAAUUCCCAAGUAUAGGCCCGAGUUGCAGCCUGUACGCAGACGAGAACCGCUUGGCUACAACGUAUGGCUAGAGACUAUCGAGUCGGCGCCGAGCUUCACGUUCCUGCUGCGACCACGCGUUAUUCAGAUCAGACAGACUUGCAAGUUGCUCUGCUGUCUUGCUGGCAAUCCACCACCCACCGUGAAAUGGUACAAGGACAGAGAGGAAUUGUCUAAAUAUAAUUAUCCCAUGAGCAAUGCCGAUGGCGUCGUCACGAUGGAGAUUGUUGACUGCAAGCCGGAGGACAGUGGCAAAUAUCGUUGUGUGGCUACGAACAAACAUGGCAAAGACGAGACCAGUUGCGUAGUUAUCGUAGAAGGCACUGGAGAAACGGAGGAGCAAAUAAAAUUAGUGCACAAUCUCCUACAUUCCGGAGAUCGAAAGUUUAUUGAGCAACCAUUGAAACCGGCACCGCCACCGAUCGUGACAGUUCACAAGUCCAGCGAUUAUAGUGGCUUUAGUUCUACAACCAAGCAAGGCUAUUCAAGCUCCACUUCUUCAUACAAUGGCAAACACAGUUCCACCUCUUCCUCGUAUAAGGACAGCUCUAAUGUUAAAAUAAAUGAUUCGUCUGACAAACGGAGCAUAAAGAAAUACGGCUCGAAGCUCGAUACCACCGGCAGUCCAUCUCGAUCUAGGAGCACCACGAAAGAACUCAUCCAGCCUUCGGACGAUUCGAUGAGACCACCGCAGUUUACUCAAAAGUUAAGGAAUCUCACGAUCAAUGAUGGCGAACAUUUGGAACUCACGGCCAAAGUCGACGGCGAUCCGGAGCCGCAAAUUACUUGGAGUAAAGAUGGCAAGAUGCUGAGUUCGUCGGAGAUUGUUGAUCUAAAAUAUAAGAAUGGGAUAGCUACUCUUACGAUCAACGAGGUAUUCCCCGAGGACGAAGGCGAGUACGCGUGUCUUGCGACUAACAGCAUCGGCAGCGACACGACAUCCUGCAAACUGACCAUAAAACCUGGUGAACACGCCGCCGGAAAGAAGCAGGGCGAUGACAAAUCACCGAAGAUCGUCGAUCACUUAACGAGCAAAUACGUGAAAGAUGGCGAGGCUGUGACGCUCAGCUGUCGAAUAAUCGGCGCGAAGAAAUUUGACGUGGUGUGGCUGCACAACAACAAAGAGAUCAAGCCCAGCAAGGACUUCCAGUACACUAGCGAGGCUAACAUCUACAAGCUAAUCAUCGCCGAGAUAUUCCCCGAGGACUCCGGCACUUACACGUGCGAAGCUUUCAACGACGCAGGAGAGAGCUACUCGUCGUGCACGUUAAGCGUACUCGCUGCAAACGAAGAGCCGAAAAGCCCAGCGUUCGCGACAUUCCCGCAGUCUGCAACAGUGAGUGAAGGCGAGUCGGUUACUUUCACGUGCAAGACUGAUACCGCGCCUUUGAAAGUGACUUGGUUGAAGGAUGGCAAGGCGAUUCCCGAAACAAGCAGCAGAUACCACUUCAGCUCGGACGGCAGCACGUCCUUCGAGUUUGGCAUUAAGACGUGCACGGCCAGCGACGUUGGUCAAUAUUUGGCGCGUGCGAUCGGCCAGAAGGGCGAGACGAACUCGGCGUUCGCCCUCAACGUCGUCAAUCCCGGCGAGCUGUGAAAUCGAUCUUGAUACCGGGCUACACGUCGAGUUAUCAUCGCGGUCGACGACCGAAUUAGAGCACCUCUGAUACAUUCUUCGCGGAGAACACGUUUCUAGAUCGUUUCACGAAUAUCAAAGGGCACGUGUACAUUUCGAUGGAUCUGUUAUGAAUACGUUCUCCAAGAAGAGUAUAUCUUCACCGCUCUCGCACGCGUUUGACACGUGGACGCCGUAAUAAUCUCCGAGCGAUCGUUACCGCGCUUUUCCACACUUUCUGGCCUCUCUGCUUUUGCGAAAUUUAACCGAAAUGUACGCGAUGCGAGUGAAGAGUCGCGAUGCGAGUGAAGAGUCGAGCCACAGCAGCUCGGCUGCAGCGAACGUUUUUAGAAUAUAUGACGUCCCCCUGUACAGAAAGGAAGAGGGAACUGGAAGACUAACAUUAAAUCUGUCUCUUUCUCUCUCUCUCUCUCUUUCUCUCUAUUUCGCGUAUUCUGUAUGUAAAUUAUUUUGGAACGCUGUAUUUUCUUCCUGUGUGUUUGUCAUGAUGUUGCAUGAUCCGCGCGAAACGUCGGGACGCUGUCACGACGAGAAUUCGAAUUCGCCACGAGAAUCCGCACACAAGCAUUACGGAUAGCACGCGCAACUUACGCUAAAAUAUUCGGCUUUGCUGUAUUACACGACUCGGCACACAUUCGAGUACACGCAACUACUUAACGGGCACAUCGCGGUAGCAUCCGCAAAAAAGAGACAAAGAAAAAUGAGCAUCCCGUAGGUUAUUGAUGCCCGCGAACGUGAUUUUCCCGGUGAGACUGCCAGCAUCCUCGAACAUCUUAACAUACGUUUUUAAUAUCAUCAUCCAAGAAUCUAGCUGAGAAAAUCCUUCGAUGGCAUUAGAUUGAGCAUGCAAGUAUUUUGUCGCGAUUCUGUCGCGAUGUGCCCCAUUAUUCCAUAUUAAUGGUACGCACCGUCGUGUUUUACUUGUUUGAAGACUGCUUCCGAGAAAAUUUACGAUAAAAUAAAACGUAUAAUUAAAAAUGA